AUGUCUAAAUUAAAUAGAGAUGUUCUUUAUUUAAUAUUAAAAGAAUUGGAACAUAAUAAUAAUGCACUUCAUUCAUGUGUUUUAGUUAACAAAACUUGGUGUGAAAUAAUUAUUCCAAUUUUAUGGAAAAAUCCUUGGAAAUAUUUGAUUGAAGGAAAGGAAACUUUACUAUUUAACGUAAUUAUUUCAUAUUUAUCGGAUGAAACAAAAAAUAAUUUAAAGAAUCAAGGGAUGGAUUAUUUAAAAAAUUCAUAUCAAAAACCUUUAUUUGAUUAUAUUAGAUUUUGUAGAUAUUUACAUUUAGACGAAAUUGUUAAAUUAAUUACUACGAAUGAAAUUAUAACUAAUAUUAAAAAUGAAAUUUUUAAUAUUUUCAUUAAUGAAAAUAGGAAAUAUACACAUCUUUAUAUACCUUAUAAAUUUAAUUAUAAAAUACAUCUUAUUCCUGGAGCUAAAAAUUGUCUUUCAGAAAUUGAAUUUCUAAGUUUUAAUGCUGGCAUAGAUGAUGAUGAUAUUAUAAUUGGAUUAACGGAAAUAAUCAAAUCUAUUAAAGGAUUGGAACUUAUUAUUGAAGAAAAUAAUAAUUGUGAAAUUGUUAGAUUAAUCGAAGCCCCUAAAAAAUUAAUUAAAGUUCAUCUCAUAAAUAAUUGUAUACAAAAAGGUCAAAAUUUUUGUAAUAUUUACUUAAAUUCAUUAACAACACACGCAAAUACAGUACAAUAUUUUAAGGUAUUUGAUCAAACAACAAAAAUUCUUUCAUCUUUUGUAAAUUUAAAAGUAUUAGAAUUGGGUAGUGAAUAUGAAAGUGAUUGGGGUUGCUUAGAGAAUUUGUCUUUACCUUUCUUACAAGUUUUAAGAACUAUGUUUAUUCCGAUUCAAUCAUUAGCGAAUUUAAUUGAAAAUACGAGUAAAUCUCUUAUCGAAAUAAAUAUAGAUAAUAUAUUUCAUUAUAGAUAUGAUAAUAGAAGAAUUAUUCAAGCUAUUAGUGAGAGUUGUCCAAAUCUUAAAUUUCUUAAAAUAGUAUUUAGAAAUUUUAGUAGUUCAGAAUUAGAAAAGUUAUUAAUUAAUUGUCAAUAUUUAAGCGUAUUAUAUAUUAUUACUUGUGAAAUUUCUUUUGAUUGGAAUAAUUUAUUUAGAAUAUUGACCAGAUCAUCACCAAUUAGUUUGUUUAAAUUUAGAUUCAGAAUUUUCUCUAAGGUACCCGUACCUAAAUCAGAAUCUUUAAAACUAUUUUUUAAUGAAUGGAAAGGUAAACGUCCUAUAUUAUUAAACUUCAAUAAUGUGAAAAAUAUAGAAGCCAUGUUAAAUAAGUAUGAAGCAGAAGGAAUAGUUAAACAUUUUAAUAAUUUACGCGGAGAUUUUGAAUGGGAAAGUCCGUAA